ACGUGACAUGUAUGCUUCCUGUGAUUGGAUACUCGCUUACCGCGGUAAAACAACAAGAAGUUCAACGCAGGUUAGCCGAUUAGCAGAGAGAGCAAUCUAAUAUCUACUCGUUUUUUUAUUCCACAAUGGCCGAAGGAGGGCAAAACGUGGAUUUGCGAACUUAAAUUGCUUAACUAAGGCAGCAAUGAGACACCAAAGUACGACUGGACACUUGCAAGCUACGGUGCUUCUAAAACUUUUGGGGACACUUGAGUGGAUGCACAGCUCAAAGAACAGGUGCGAAAGGGAUUUAUUGUUGGAACUGAAGCGCCCAGAUGAACUGUACAACCAAGUCAUUGAGGUCUUCUUGAGGAAAGAAAGGAGAAUGGAUUUUGCGUUGAAAUAAGUGUUUUGGAGGACAACUGUUUUGAGCAACAGCAGCGGUGGGACGGACUUGGAUGUCAGUCAGGAGCUCCUAGUCAAAGUGUUGAGAUCUGAAGUGUACAUCAGCAACCAAAGCAACAUGACGAAGAAAAUAUGUGGCACCAAUUACCCUCUGAGCAUCUGUUUCAUCGUAGUGAACGAGUUCUGCGAACGCUUCUCCUACUAUGGCAUGAAAGCGGUGCUGACUCUCUACUUUCUCACCUAUCUUCACUGGGACAAGGACCUGUCCACCGCUGUUUACCAUGCCUUCAGCAGCCUGUGCUACUUCACACCCAUCCUCGGAGCUCUUAUCGCUGACUCCUGGCUUGGAAAAUUCAAGACCAUCAUCUACCUCUCCAUCGUCUACGUGAUUGGUCAUGUGGUCAAGUCGGUUGGAGCCAUUCCCACAGUGGGUGACACCACUGCACAUAUUGCUCUCUCCAUUGUGGGUCUGAUCCUCAUUGCCUUGGGAACUGGUGGAAUCAAACCCUGUGUUGCAGCGUUUGGAGGAGACCAGUUUGAUGAGGAACAUACUGCAGAGAGACAGAAGUUCUUCUCCAUUUUUUACAUGUCAAUCAAUGCUGGCAGUGUUCUGUCCACAUUAAUCACACCGUUACUGCGCGGUAACGUGCAGUGUUUCGGUGGCGACUGCUUCGCUUUGGCCUUUGGAGUUCCUGCAGCUCUGAUGGUAGUGGCUUUGGUGGUUUUCAUUGCUGGCAGUGGCCUGUACAAGAAGGGUCCUCCUCAGGGAAACAUCCUGCUGGAGGUCUGCAACUGCAUCGGGUUUGCCAUCAAAAAACGCUGGAAUAGCUCCAAGUCUGACACCAAGAGGAAACACUGGCUGGACUGGGCCGAGGAGAAGUACUCGAAACGUCUGAUCCAAGAGAUCAAGAUGGUCCUGAGGGUCCUAGUCCUCUACAUCCCACUGCCCAUGUUCUGGGCUUUGUUCGAUCAGCAGGGUUCCCGCUGGACGCUACAAGCCACCAGGAUGAACAUGGCUUUUGGGGGAGCCUUCGUUGUCAAACCAGACCAGAUGCAGAUGUUGAACGCUCUGUUGAUUCUUAUUUUCGUGCCCAUCUUUGACCUCAUCAUAUAUCCGCUCGUCGGCCUCUGCAAAAUCAACCUCACGCCUUUAAGGAAAAUUGCAGCAGGGAUGGUUUUUGCAUCACUUGCCUUCAUAGCAGCCACACUGGUGGAGAUUAACGUGGUGAAAACAGUGGUGGAACCUGCUCCUGCAGGGAAAUGUCUCCUUCAGACCUUUAACCUGGUCAAAGCUGACGUUACUAUGAAGAUCCCCGACAGUCCACUGUUUGCAGAGCCAAUCAAAUAUCUGCAGGAUCCUGCCCAGUAUGAAACUCUUGACCUGGGAAUGUCCAACAAAACUCUGACGAUUGAAAUCAUUGACAAUGGAACCUCCUCAGUCUGUUCUCAAACAUUUGUGGAACAGAAGGCCUACAGUCUCAUCCUCUACCCUGCAGCCUCGAAGAUAGAGUGCAAACUUCUGGAAGACUCAAUUACAAAACACCAAGAAGGAAAUGCUCACCUGAGGUUCCUGAACACACAUACUGAAAACAUCGGUGUGACAGUGGGAAACGUGGAAUUCCAUGCACCCUCUGGUUACGGCGUGUCAUCAAACAACACUGUGGAUCGAGGAGAAUACUCGUCUGUCCAGUGCAUCCCUCAGUCAGAGAAGUGUUCCACUCUUGACCUCGGCCUUCUGGACUUUGGAGCUUCUUACACUUUCAUACUGAUUGAGGAAUCAGGUAAAAUCGUGGCCAAGAAGAUGGAGGAUGUAAAAGCCAAUAACGUGCACAUUGCCUGGCAGAUCCCUCAGUAUGUGCUGAUUACUGUUGGAGAAGUCAUGUUCUCCAUCACAGGCCUGGAGUUCUCCUACUCACAGGCUCCAACCAACAUGAAGUCAGUCCUGCAGGCUGGCUGGCUGCUCACCGUCGCCUUCGGAAACGUUAUAGUGUUGAUUGUUGCGGAGGGAGCGGGGCUGGAACAGUGGAUAGAGUUCCUGCUCUUUGCUGCCCUCCUGCUGGGCGUCUGCGUCAUCUUCUCCAUCAUGGCCCACUUCUACACCUACGUGGACCCUGAGCAGCUGGAGAAGGCUUACCUGAAUGAUUCGAACAAGGAUGAAGGUGACGAAGAGUUCGACAUGAAGAAGCAGAACAAAACCAUAAGUAGCACCAAGUUCUAAUUCCGAUCUGACGCACGGGUAAAGUAUUGCAUAAAAUAUUUUUGUAUUGUAAUGAAGCAUGAAGCUGUAAAGGUUUAAGUUGGAUAAUUGUGUGUUAGAUUCGUACCUCUCUCUCCAUCCCCUACAGGGGGUGCUAUAAACACAGUUUGAAUGCACUAGGAGCUAAGCAGGGCAGAUUGUUUCAGAAAUCUUUUUACAGUGUGACUACAAUUUUUACUACAAGAACUAGCACUGCAUUUGACACUGAAGAUGCCAGACGUAUCCGAAUUAUGGAGUAAUUUCAGCAGAAGAGAAAAGAUAACAAAUACAUAUAUAUAAAUGCGUGCAUUUUAUUGAUUUUACUGGGGAAAAACACUCUUCUUAAAUGUCAUUAAGUACUUGAUGUUUCUUUUAAUAACUGUAUUCAGGAUGGCAUUGUAAUGAUACUUGUGCCUUUUAGAUUUUGUAUAUAGACCCGUUUCUUAAAUGUAAUAUUGUGCUAAAAAGUUUUAAAGGUGAUCAAAAAGCA